GUUCCCAUCUUUUAACGAGUGUCUCAAAAGAUUCAAUCUAGCCUCAGUGGAAAUUUGGCAAACAGUGAGAAGCAAGUGUAGAGAUGGUUUCAUCACUUUGAGCAUAAAAUCAUUGCACUUUUUCGUCUCGAAGUUUACGCAAUUCAGAUAUUCAAUAUCAACCGCAACUCCAAUGAGUCGCUCGUGGACUUCUCGAAUUAUUUUUUGGGAGAUUGCAGAAUUUGGGGGUAAAUGCUCUGAUGCUUCAUAGCAACUUUUUAUCACAGACUUGAAGAAGCUUUUAUUCUUCGCCGUUUCUCUUCUCAGUGAAUCCACGAAGCACCGUUAUGCGCAAAUUCUGGAGAAUUUCUUCUGGGAUCGAACCAUCGGCUAGAGAUCUUGAAACAGAUCAUUGAACAUACGAAACUCCGAUUAAGCUAAAUGGAAUCUGUCUCUGUCGUAGAAUCGCCUGCUAGUUCUGAUGCAACUGCGUCUCAUUUGCCGAGUGUGUCUGUACUUUUAGAUGCUCUUGAGCAGUCUGCAUCAACACCUAGGAUCGCAAAUGGUCUUUCGCAGCGGCUGUUACGUUCGUUACAGCUUUCAAAUGAAAAUAAGCUUUCGUUUAAGGCGUUGAAUGGAGCUUGUCGUGUGCUCAGAUUGGCUUGUAUUCAAGCUAAGGAAAGUAGGAAGUCCGGGUGUGGUAGCACUUUAGUUGAAAGUAGUGACAGUGGAGUUAUAGUUGAUUCAACUCUUAAGAAGUCUGAUUCGAGUCAUACUGAGGAUUGUUGGUUUGAGUGUGUGGAAUCAUGCGUGGGGAUUUUCACUGAGUUUUUCUCAUCGACGGAUGAAGCGAAAGUAUAUGUUUUGCGAAGCUCUGUUUGUGUUGAUUGUCUUUUUGAGCUGUUUUGGGAAAAAGCCGUAAGAAAUAAUGUGAUGAAACUCAUUAUUGAUCUCAUGAAGAUCAGGCCUUUGUGUGAGGAAGACAAAAGCGCAAAAUUGCAAGUGUGUUCCAAAUAUCUAGAAACUUUCACUCAAGUGAAGGAAAGAGAAAAUGAUUUUGUUGACUUAUCUGUUGAUCUAUUGGCGGGUAUGAGGGAUUUGAUCAAGACUAAUUCGAGGUAUUACCAAGCCCUAUUCCGAGAGGGGGAGUGUUUCUUACACAUUGUCUCUCUCUUAAAUGGUAAUCUCGAUGAAGCAAAUGGAGAGAAGUUGGUUUUAAAUGUCCUUCAAACUUUAACUUCCCUGCUUGCAAAUAAUGAUACAUCAAAGUUUGCAUUUAAAGCCCUUGCUGGCAAGGGUUAUCAGACACUUCAAAGCUUAUUGUUGGAUUUCUUCCAAUGGAAACCUACUCAAAGGCUCUUAGACGCACUACUUGAUAUGCUUGUUGAUGGAAAAUUUGAUGAUAAAGGCAGUGCCCUUAUAAAGAAUGAAGAUGUUAUUAUACUCUACUUAAAUGUACUUCAGAAGAGCAGCGAGUCUUUGCAGUGUUAUGGGCUAAAUUUGUUUCAGCAACUCCUUAGGGAUUCCAUAUCGAAUCGUGCUUCAUGUGUUCGGGCGGGAAUGCUUCACCUUCUUCUUGAUUGGUUUUCUCUCGAAGAUGAUGAUAGUGUUAUCUUGAAAAUAACACAGCUAACUCAGACAAUUGGUGGCCACAGUAUUUCUGGGAAGGAUAUACGUAAGAUCUUUGCCCUUCUUCGAAGUGAAAGAGUUGGCAAUCAACAAAGAUACCGCUCACUGUUAUUGGCUUGUUUGUUGUCAAUGCUGAAUGAGAAAGGACCAACAGGCUUUUUUGACAUGAAUGGGGUUGAAUCUGAGAUUAUUGAUGCUAAAGUGUUAAAACUUUUCUUGGGGAUUGUAAUCAGAACACCUGUUCAAUGGCCUGCAAAUAAGGGGUUUUCCUUUUGCUGUUGGCUUAGGGUAGAAAGCUUUCCUGGAGAUGGCAAAAUGGGUAUCUUCAGUUUUAUGUCAAAAAAUGGAAAGGGUUGCUUUGCUGCUAUUGGGAAGGAUGGACUAUCUUAUGUUUCUCUGAAUCUGAAACGGCAAUGUGUAAAUGUGCAUGCCAAUUUGGUCUGUAAAAAAUGGCAUUUUAUUUGUAUAUCUCAUAGUAUUGGAAGAGCAUUCUGGGGUGGAAGCCUCUUGAGGUGUUAUGUUGAUGGGGAUCUUGUGUCAUCCGAAAGAUGCAGCUAUCCCAAAGUUACUGAUAUACUUACCAGCUGCUUAAUUGGUACAAGAAUCACGUUGCCACAUAUCCAAGAUAACGAUGGACUGGAAUCGAUCCGAGAUGUGUUCCCAUUUUUUGGCCAGAUUGGCCCUGUUUACUUGUUCAAUGAUUCCUUGUCUUCCGAGCAAGUUCAGGCCAUUUAUUCGCUAGGACCAAGCUAUAUGUAUGCAUUCUUGGAGAAUGAGAUGACAGGUCCCUUUUCUGAUAGUCCAUUUCCUAGUGGUAUUCUUGAUGGAAAAGAUGGGCUUGCAUCUAAGGUUUCCUUUGGACUGAAUGCACAGGCGAGCGAUGGUAGGAGAUUGUUUAAUGUGUCUCGGGUUUCAGAUCAUCUACAAGAAAGGCUCGCAUUUGAGGCCGAUAUUAUGGUUGGUACUCAGCUAUGCUCGCGGCGCUUGCUCCAGCAGAUAAUUUACUGUGUCGGAGGGAUAUCUGUUUUCUUUCCUUUGAUUACACAAUCUGAUAGAUGUGAAAGUGAAGCACUUAAAGAGGAAACUUCAGCUAUGCCUUUAAAAGAGCGUAUGACAGCAGAAGUUAUUGAACUGAUUGCUUCUGUCUUGGAUGAAAAUCCAGCAAAUCAGCAACAGAUGCAUCUUCUCUCUGGAUUCCCCAUACUAGGAUUUUUAUUACAGUCUAUUCAACCGAAGCAACUCAAUCUAGAGACACUUUCAUCCUUGAAACACUUAUUCAACGUUAUUUCAAGCUCUGGGUUUGCUGAGCAGCUUGUGGAGGAUGCUAUAUCUAGCAUAUUCCUUAAUCCUCACAUUUGGCUCCAUGCGGCCUAUAAUGUGCAGCGUGAACUUUACAUGUUUCUCAUCCAACAGCUAGAUAAUGAUCCACGUCUUCUGGGAAGCCUUUGUCGACUCCCCAGAGUUAUUGACAUAGUAUGGAACUUUUACUGGGAAUCUGAAAGAUACUGUAAAGGAAGCAAGCCUCUUAUGCAUCCAGCAAGGACUAUAGAAGAAAGACCAAGUAGAGAUGAAAUUCAUAAAAUUCGUCUCCUUUUGCUGAGCCUAGGUGAAAUGAGUCUGAGGCAAAAUAUCUCAUCAGGGGACGUAAAAGCUUUGACAGCAUUUUUUGAGACAUGCCAGGAUGUAGCAUGUAUCGAAGAUGUUCUGCAUAUGGUUAUCCGUGCAAUUUCUCAAACAUCGGUCCUUGUUUCUUUUCUUGAACAAGUCAAUCUUAUCGGUGGAUGUCACAUUUUCGUCGAUCUUCUUCAGAGGGAUUACGAGCCUAUAAGGUUACUCAGCUUGCAGUUCCUUGGAAGGCUUCUUUAUGAUGUACCUUCUGAGAGAAAAGGACCUAAGUUUUUCAAUCUUGCUGUUGGAAGAACUAAGUCUCUAUCACAAGGGCAUAAGAAAAUUGGUGCUAGAACGCAACCAAUUUUUUUGGCCAUGUCUGAUAGAUUGUUCCAGUAUCCUCAGACAGAUAACUUGCGUGCAACCUUGUUUGAUGUUCUUCUUGGCGGGGCCAGCCCCAAACAGGUUUUGCAGAAACAUAACCAGGAUGGAUUAGCACGAAUGAAGAUCAUCAGUGACAUACUCGAUCUUCUUGAUUCAAAUCCUAUGAAUGUUGAAGCUUUGAUGGAAUUUGGAUGGAGUGCAUGGUUAACAGCGUCAAUGAAACUUGAUGUGAUAAAAGAUUACAGAUCUGAAUUGCUUAAUCAUGAUGACUUGGCAUUAAAUGAGCAACAUUUUGUCAGGGGUCUCUUUUGUGUUGUUCUCUGCCACUAUAUUUUAUCUGUGAAGGGAGGUUGGCAGCAGCUAGAGGAAACUGUGAAUUUCAUACUCUUGCAGAGUGAGCUUAAUGAUGUCCCAUACCGGUCUUUUCUCCGUGAUCUCUAUGAGGACUUGAUACAGCGUUUGGUGGAGCUCUCAUCUGAAGAUAAUAUUUUCCUUUCGCACCCAUGUCGCGACAAUGUGCUGUAUCUCUUGCGGCUCGUUGAUGAGAUGCUUGUCCGUGAAUUUGGCAGUAGGCUCCUGUUUCCAGCAAUUAGCACUGAUUUUUCAGAGGAUUUAUUACAACUUGGGAACCGUGAGGACCACAGUUUGGGAUUAGACGAGAGUUUCCAACGAUUUUUGACUGAAGAAAUCUCUAGAAACACAGAAAGUCAGCAGUCUUGCACCACGGUAACUGAACUUAUGACCAAUGAAAGAUGGUGGAAUUUGUAUGACAAUCUGUGGAGGAUAAUAUGUGAUAUAAAUGGAAGGGGUCCGGUAAAGAUGUCUCCCAAAUCUUCAGCUACUGGUCCCUCUAUUGGCCAAAGAGCAAGAGGUUUAGUAGAAUCAUUGAAUGUUCCCGCUGCUGAAAUGGCUGCAGUUGUUGUGUCAGGAGGAAUUGGCAGUGCAUUGAGUGGAAAAAUGAACAAAAACGUUGAUAAAGCCAUGCUCCUAAGGGGGGAGAAAUGUCCACGAAUCGUGUUUAGGCUUGUCACCCUUUAUCUGUGCAUGUCUUCACUGGAAAAAGCCACUAGAUGUGUACAGCAGGUGACCUCACUCUUGCCUUCCUUUUUAGCUGCUGAUGAUGAACAAAGCAAGAGCAGAUUGCAUCUCUUUAUUGGGUGUUUGCUUUAUGUGCGAUCCCAGUAUGGAAAGUUAGAUGAUGGUGCUCGUUUCCAUGUCAUAUCGCACCUGAUACGUGAAACUGUAAGUUGCGGAAAGUCCAUCCUUGCCACCAGUGGUAUGAAUAAGGAUGACAGCUCUGAUUCUGGUGGAAUCUUCAAAGAAAUGGGCUCUAUCCAGAAUCUUAUACACAAAGACCGUGUGCUUGCUGCGGUCACUGAUGAAACAACAUACAUGAAAACAUUGAUAUCUGAUCGUACUCGUCAAGUGCAAGCCCUUGAUGAAAGGAAUAACGAAACAUUAUCUAUAGAACGCAACAGCAAGAAAGCUUUUGAUGACGAGCUGCAAAACGUUUUAAAAACUGUUCUUACAUGGGAUGAAAAUAGACGAGUUGCAGUGCAAUUAAGCCAUGAAGAGCAACAGCAAAAUGUUACUGAGAAAUGGAUUCACAUGCUGCGAUCUUUGAUGGAUGAGAGGGGUCCUUGGUCUGCAACUCCUUUUCCUAAUAACAUUUUAAACCGCUGGAAACUCGACAGGACAGAAGAUUCUUGGAGGCGUAGACCAAAGUUGAGACGAAAUUAUCAUUUUGACGAAAGGCUGUGUCAUCCACCUUCUACUUCCACUGCCACUGAAAAUGAGACUUCAAACGUUAUUAAUGAAAGCAAGUCUGGUGUGAUACAUAUACCUGAACAGAUGAAGAAAUUCUUACUAAAAGGCAUUCGCAGGAUAACUGAUGAGGGUGGCCCAGAAUCCUGUGAGAAUGACAGUAGUCAAAGUGAGGAAAGUUUCAUGGAUACUUCUGCAGAUAUCCAGUUCUCUGAGCUUGUGAGAACCAGCAGUGGUCUCAAGGAUGUCGGACAGGAUAAAGUAGAUGCAUCUUCUCUUGAAGUUGAUACCAGCGAGGUUUUGACAUCAGUUCCUUGUGUUCUUAUAACUCCGAAGAGGAAACUGGCUGGUUGGUUGGCAGUUAUGAAAAAUGUUUUGCAUUUCUCUGGGGAGUUUUUGGUGGAAGGAACUGGUGGAUCAGCUGUCUUCAAGAACUUUAGCACUUCAAAGGGUAGUGAUAUAACAAAGGCUGAAAAUAAACAGAACCUUGUAAAAUGGUCUUCGCCUUAUGAUAGUGAGACGUUCCUAGAUUUGGAAUCAGGAAACAAAAAUAAGAAACCCUUAAAAAAGGUUAAGCGCCACAGAAGAUGGAAAAUAGGGAAGGUGAAAAGUGUUCAUUGGACGCGGUAUUUGCUUCAGUACACAGCUCUGGAGAUUUUCUUCCAGGAAUCUGUACCCCCAGUCUUUCUAAAUUUUGCAUCUCAAAAGAAUGCAAAGGAGGUCGGGAUGUUAAUAGUUUCUACCAGGAAUGAAUUCCUGUUUCCAAAGAAUGUUGCUAGGGACAGGACUGCAAUGAUUUCGUUUGUUGACAGAAGAAUAGCCAUGGAGAUGGCAGAAACAGCCAGAGACAGAUGGAGAAGGAGAGAGAUUACAAAUUUUGAAUACUUGAUGAUUCUUAACACCCUUGCAGGCAGAUCUUAUAAUGAUUUGACUCAGUAUCCUGUUUUCCCUUGGGUGGUGGCUGACUAUUCAUCAGAGACUCUUGAUUUUAGCAAAGCAUCUACCUUUCGUGAUCUUUCUAAACCGGUUGGAGCUUUAGAUACAAGAAGGUUUGAGAUUUUUGAGGACAGAUAUCACAGCUUCUCUGAUCCUGAUAUACCUAGUUUCUAUUACGGGUCCCACUAUUCAAGUAUGGGAAGUGUGUUGUAUUACCUUUUAAGGUUAGAGCCGUUUACAUCCCUUCAUCGUAGUCUGCAGGGUGGUAAAUUUGAUCACGCAGAUCGUCUUUUCCAAAGUGUUGAGGGGUCCUUUCGAAAUUGCCUGUCCAAUACAAGCGAUGUAAAAGAAUUGAUCCCUGAGUUCUUCUACAUGCCUGAAUUUCUGGUGAAUUCUAACUCUUACCAUCUUGGAGUGAAACAAGACGGUGAACCUCUUAAAGAUGUUUGUCUACCUCCAUGGGCUAAGGGUUCUCCAGAGAUGUUCAUUGCUCGUAAUAGAGAAGCCCUAGAGAGCGAGUAUGUUAGCUCACAUCUCCAUGAUUGGAUUGAUUUGAUAUUUGGACACAAACAGCGUGGAAAACCAGCUGUGGAGGCUGCAAAUAUCUUUUAUUACCUUACAUAUGAAGGUGCUGUCGAUGUUGAAAAUAUGGAAGAUGAACUGCAAAUAUCAGCCAUUGAAGAUCAGAUCGCUAAUUUUGGUCAAACUCCAAUCCAAAUAUUCCGGAAGAAACAUCCGAGAAGAGGGCCACCUAUUCCAAUUGCACAUCCGUUGUACUUUGCACCUGCUUCCAUUAAUUUGACUUCUAUUCUUCCCGCUACAACUCAUUCCCCAUCAGCAGUUCUAUAUGUUGGUGUAGUGGAUUCAAAUAUAGUUCUCGUUAACCAGGGUCUAACUUUGUCAGUCAAGAUUUGGUUGACAACUCAACUACAUUCUGGUGGAAAUUUUACGUUUUCUAGCGCUCAGGAUCCAUUCUUUGGAGUUGGCUCUGAUGUUCUCUCUCCCCGUAACAUUGGAAGCCCCCUAGCAGACAAUGUUGAACUUGGAUCACAGUGCUUUGCCGCAAUGCAAACGCCACUGGAAAACUUUCUGGUUUCAUGUGGGAACUGGGAGAACAGUUUUCAUGUCAUAUCGUUGACUGAUGGCCGGGUAGUCCAAAGCAUCCGACAUCAUAAAGAUGUUGUAAGCUGUGUUGCAGUGACUGCUGAUUCGACUAUACUUGCAACUGGUAGCUAUGAUACAACUGUGAUGGUGUGGGACAUUCUCCGCAUGAGAACACCUGAAAAGAGGGUUAGAAAUACCCACGCAGAAGUACUGCGGAAAGAUAUCGUCAUAGCCGAUGCUCCUUCUCAUAUUCUUUGUGGUCAUGAUGAUAUAAUAACCUGUUUAUAUGUCAGCACUGAUCUUGAUAUAGUCAUCAGUGGGUCAAAAGAUGGAACCUGUGUAUUCCACACAUUGCGGGAAGGAAGAUACAUAAGAUCCUUAAAACAUCCUUCGGGCAGUGCAGUGUCAAAGCUGGCUGCAUCGCACCAUGGCCGGAUUGUUCUAUAUGGUGAUGAUGAUCUUAGUCUACACCUCUACUCCAUAAACGGAAAACAUCUGGCCAGCUCCGAGUCAAAUGGACGCAUCAACUGUCUCGAACUUAGUAAGUGUGGAGAGUUCUUGGUCAGUGCCGGUGACCAAGGACAAAUAAUUGUACGGUCUAUGAACACCCUUGAAGUAGUAAGACGAUAUAACGGCGCAGGGAAAAUAAUCACCUCUCUGACAGUAACUCAGGAAGAGUGUUUCUUAGCAGGUACAAAAGAUGGAGCCCUUCUUGUUUAUUCGAUCGAAAAUCCUCAACAUCGGAAAACGAGCCCAAUCUGGAGCAUAAAAUCCUGAUUAUAUAUCUUCUGUAUGUAAAUUUAUGUCCGAUUAGUCCAUUGGCUUAGUAAUGGUGUUCUCGAUUUGUGGCUAAUCUUUUGUGUUCUGCAGAGGAGACUUACACUUUUCACUGCCUUGUAAAUGUGCAAUAUAUCUCAUCUUAAGCAGUUAAGAUGCAUAGACAGUAUAGAGGUGUUUAAUUGAUGUAACAUUACCAUAGCCAAUAGUGAUGCGUUUAAAGAGGUAAUACGAUUUGUAAUACAUUACAAGAGGAUUAAAGUGAUAAUUUAAUU